AUAUUCAUUUAUUGACUGAAAUUAAUUAAAUUGACUAAGAUUAAUUCUACAUUCACUUGAUUUAAUUUUUAAUAAAACAAUAUGAAUAAUCCUGUUUUUGUGGUUAUUGUUUUCGCCUUCUUAAAACUUAAUUUUGCGUGGGGCACUGCUGGAGAAAUCCCAUACUGUCAUUAUCAGCUAGAAGAAAAAACUGUCGCCUUUAAUGAUUCGACUGUAAAUGUUACAAUUCCUGGGAAACAGUUGAUUGUAUCUCUCUGUGCCACAAGUAUUAAGGACACAUGUAAAGAUGAAGUUUCUGCUUGUAUAAUUGAUGAAAUACAUCCCCAAGAAUCAAUAUAUAAUUUGGGAGAAUAUUUCGUAUUUACAAAAGAUCAAAAUGGAAAUCACAUUUUAAAGUCUAUCAAUGGGCAUAGAUGUAAACAGGCUGCAAAUAAAAACUAUAGUCUUGUAAUUCAUCUUGACUGUGAUGAUUUACUUAAGAAUGGACCUAUGUUUUUGAGUAUGCAACGGUGCGAAUAUCAUAUAAGGAUGUUGCAUCCUGCAUGCUCACCAAGAUGUACUAUUAAAGUUGGUGUAGGCAGUAAUUAUCUCCUAGAUUUGCAAAAUUUAGAAAACCUUGGUGACAUUAAGGUAUCUAAUACAAAUGUAACAUUUUAUGUAAGUCUUUGUGGUCCAGCUACAAAUUGUGGAAAUUCUUAUCCUGAAUAUAUGGCAUGUGAAUUACAAAAUAAUGUGAUUCAUCCAAUUGCAAAUCUUGAAACACAACAUGUAAAUUAUAAUGAUAAUUCAGGUGUACUUUCUGUACGUGGUCGAACAGGAGGAGCUAAAUCUAAUAGGAAGUAUGCUGAAUUGCUUCUCAAAUGUAAUUGGGAAGAAACAAAUGUCGCAGCUGAAUUCCAAAAAAUUUAUCAUGGAAAUAAAUACACUUUUCAGUUAGAAUCCCGUCAUUUUUGUUUUAAACUUCCAUCAGAGUGUUUGGUAACAAAUAGGCAAUAUUUGUAUGAUAUUACCAACCUGAGCAACCAUGGCAGAAAUGGAUGGUUAGUUAAUGGCCUUUCUACGAAUUUUAUUAUUUAUAUUAAUGUUUGUGGACCAUUGCAAAACAACGUUGGAAAAUGUAAAGAAGAACUAAGCAUGUUGGAGAUUUGGAAAUUUGGCGGUAGGGGUUCAUCUUCGAUUCCAUAAUAAUUUUAGCUGUCGGUCACUUUCGGUUAUUCCGACAGUUAAUACCAAUUUCGUUAUUUGAUACUUAGUAUAAAGCAACUUUACUAAAAAAAAUGGUUUUUCAUUGUCUAACUCAAAGUUGCAUAUUUUUUAUAUUAUGCAAGUUGAAGUAUUGAUAUUUGGAAGGAAGAUAAGGAGAUACUUAUCAUUUACUACAGCUACGGUAAAAGUUGUUUAGUAUUAUACAGGGUGGUGAAAUUUAAAGCCAAACUUGGGUAACUUCAAAUUGUCAAAAUUCCUCUCCCAGGCGAUGCGAGGAUUUCAGAAGACCAAAAAUGUCUUUUAUGCCUGUAAAAAAUGUCUUCUCUGGUAAAUUUUUAUUCGUCGGUCAUUAUAUUUUGCACUUACUAUAAUUUA